CCCGCCGCCCCGCGCACUCCUCGCCGCGCCCGCGCCCGCUGCCCCGGCCCGGCCCGCUUGGGCGCUGCCCGCACGAGGGAGCCCGCGCCCGCGCGACCCUCCGCCUACCCAGGGAGCUGGGCACCUGAGUCAGGGGCCCUGCUGAAUCAGCUCAGAAGGGACCAGCAGAGAAAACGCCAUGAGUAUCCCAGCUCUCGGGGGCAGCACCAAAGGGAAGCCUCUUCUACCAGGCGAGGAGGAGCGCAACAAUGUCCUCAGGCAAAUGAAGGUGCGAACCACGCUGAGGGGGGACAAGAGCUGGAUCACCAAGCAGGAUGCCUCGGAGGGCCACACCCUAGAGCUGCCCUCCAGCUGGAGUCGUGCCACAUCCUUUUCAUCAACUGGGGAGGUCCUGAAGGCCAGGCCUCCAAGCCCAAGGGCUCCCACUGGCUAUAUCAUCCGGGGAGUGUUCACCAAGCCUAUAGACAGCUCGUCCCAUCCCCAGCAGCCCUUCCCCAAGGCCAACGGAGUUCCCAAAAGUGCUGCCAGUGUGGUGAGAGGAGCUCCCACCGGGCCUUCCCGUCUGUCCUCCUCCGGCUACAAGAUGACAACCGAGGAUUACAAGAAGCUGGCACCUUACAACAUCAGGCCCAGCUCCACAUCAGGGGUUGCUGAAGAGGAGGAGGCACCCUUCUCUGCUGAUGAGCAGAGACGGAGGUCAGAGGCUGCAAGCAGUGUGGUGAGGAAGACAGCUUCCCGGGAGCACUCCUACGUGCUGUCGGCAGCCAAGAAGAGCACCGGCAGCCCUGCCCAGGAGAUGCAGUCCCCAUUCAUUGCACAGAGGGCCGCAAGCUCCAGGGCAGCUGGUACACCUGCUUCUCUUCUCACCCAAAGGGUUGAGGUGGUGGAGGACGAAGAGCCUUCCGAAAAGAGCCAGGACCCAGCUGCUCCGGCAAGAUCCUCUCCUGGCUUGAGCAGCACAAGAGGUAAGGAGACUGUCAGCCUGCAGAUCCUGACACCUGGAACAGGACCUCGCCUAGUGGCCCCAGACCUGGAAGGAAUGAGGUCUUCCCCGGGCUCCAAAGACACAGACGCCCCCGGCCCCAGAGAGCCCAAGAGAGGCUUGGCUGGUGAGGAGGCCUUCGAGGGCCCUGAUCCAGACACUGAAAGGUCAAGUGCACAGUCAUGUGACAGCAACGUGGGACCUGGAGCCACAGGCUCCCCGCCUGAAGCCUUGACUGGAGCAGACAUUGGCUGUGAGAGAGGAGGGCUGUGCUCAGCUCUCCUGGAUGAUCAGGACGUGCACGGUGCCAACUCUCAGCCUCACAGUCCUGGACUCUUGGCCACCAGCUCAGCUGCCACUUCAGCCUAUGCUGUCCCAGCUGACAUGAAGACUGACAACCCCACAGACCUGGAGGACAUGGAGGCAGAUGUGAAGGGCUUCUUGGCUGGUUCGGAGGAAAAGAAUGGAACUGCCCAGGUGGCAGAGGCCUGGCCGGAGAGGCCCAGAGCCCUGAGAGGUGGCCAGGGAGACCCAGCUGCAACCGCCCAGCAGCCUGCAGACCUGAACACCCCAGAGGGGCAGAGUGGCCCCAGAAGACCCAAGCAGCACGCGGAACUGGACGGCCAGGCCAGCAGGGUGAGCAACCCCUCGAGCUGUAUGGUCACUGAGCAGCCUCAUGUUUACAUCCCAGCCGCCCCAAGUGAAUUGAACUCCAGGUCAACCAGUGGCUGGUGCCCGCCAGCACCUGUCCCCAGGCCUUUCCAUGAGCUCCUUCACUUCCUUCAAGUCAGCAAAGGGGUUCUCUUCGUGAAGGAGUACACGAAUGCUAGUGAGGUAUCUUCCAGGAAGCUGGCGUCUUCACACUGUGGCAGAACAACUGGGGGGAUCUGUACUUACUGCAACCAGGACAUACGAGACUGUCCAAAGAUUAUCCUGGAACAUCUUGGCAUCUGCUGUCAUGACUAUUGCUUUCAGUGUGGGAUUUGUAACAAACCCAUGGGUGAGCUCCUGGACCAGAUCUUCAUUCACCACGACACCGUCCACUGUGGGAAAUGCUAUGAGGAGCUUUUCUAGGCUGAGAAGAAGCUGAUGACCCCUGGACAAGUUUGGCUCUCCCCAGUUGCCCCAAGUUGCUCAUCCCUCUUCCAUCCCUUGAUCUCUUCAUGAUUUUGCCCUUCUCAAGUCGGACUUGCGUACAGCCAGCAGUGUAUCUUAAUGAUGCUAUGAUAAUUACUUGCGUGUGUAGCUUUUUAUAGCUUAGAAGCACUUCACAUCCAUGAUCUUAUUUCAGGCUCAAGCAAAGAGGAUUGAACAAGAAUUCCCAUCUUGACUUGCCUAGGACAGGUUGGCUUCCUGAUGAGUUUAGGUGGCCUGGUAUGAUAGGCAGGAGCAUGGAGUGCAGUGUGUCCUGAUUCUUGGGAAAGAGCACAAACCACACUGUGCUUCAUAACUAUGGGUGUACCUUGGAGACCUGAGGGAAGAAAGAGACCGUUUGAAGCCUCUGAGGUGUCAAGUUGAAGACGUUGACGAUCCCCACUGGGUAAUUGAAGCCAUUGAAUGUUAGAUAGGUAAUGUUUAGCUUGUCUCUUUGCCAUAUAUGUUUUUUUUUUAACUUUACGUGUACUUUUCAAAGUAGUUAGUUUUGAUUGAGUUAUGUAGCAGAUUUUAAUUAACUCCUCCUACACAUCUUUCAUUACAGUUGAGUUCUUUCCUACAGGCAUGUGGGCAUGUAUUAGAAAAUGUGCACAAUUAGGUUUAAAUUCUAUAAGAGGUGAUUCUUAGGAGGCUCCUGACCAAAGGGACAUCUGUGUCUGAAUCUUGAUAGCUGAUUUAUACUUUUGCCCUCAACACUUGAUCCCUAAGCUUGAUACUGAAAUCCUUUAAAGUAAGUUUUAGGGUGUGUAGACUCCAGCAGAAUUAAGAAGGGAGAAAAGCAGGUAACAUUUCUUGAGGCCUUACUAUGUACCACACAUUCAUGUUCAUAAUAAUCCUGUACAGAAGGCAUUCUUGGCCCCAGUUUACAGAUGAGGAUGUCAAGGCUCAAAGAGGUGGUUGUGCAUUGAGCAGAACCAUUGCUGUCUCUCUCCCCCAGCAAGCAUGGAUUUAGUGCUAAGCAUGUGCCAAAUACUGUGUGGCGUUUACCUCAUCCUACCAGGUAACACCGCCUGCCCCCACUCCCCAGCCUACCCUGGGCCCACUCUUACAGGGAGGGCAAGGUAUGAAAUCAUACUCCUCCUCUGGACAUCUUAGGCCCCCCCAUGAAGUACCAUAAGGGCCAAACUUACCUUGUUUCCUAUCUUCCCCUUACCAUGAAAAUGCCUCUGAACUGAGAUGCUGUCAUCUGGGAAGAGAUUCAAUUCACAGACUUACCCAAAGAAGAGCUUGUGAACCCAGAGAAAGCUCUGGUGGGCUAGCCAGUCUGAGCACAGGGCCUUCAGUGACCUCCUAUUUUCCAGUCCAGACUCUGUCCCAAGCUAGCAGCAGCCACUGGGGUCCUAGGUACUCAGAACUUGGAAACCUGUUGGCCAGCUGAACGGAUGCAGGCCCAUCCAUGCAGUCAGCUGAUGCUCUGCUCAGGUUUGACUGGGCUUCUCUGUCUUUGGAAUCAGCAUCACUGUGUAAACUCCUGGAGAGGGAACACCCUGAGAGAUGUCCUGAUCAAAAAUGAGGGUCUCUUCUCUUGAUUUAAUUAGAAGAUGUAUCUCCAUCUCUCUCCAUUUUCUGAGCCCUGUGCACAUCAACUGGAGGACUUGUUCUUUCUUCCACAUGAUCAGAGAGGAAUAUCCCAUAGAUACGUAUCAGAUUUGUUCUGGAGGGCUGAAGUAAUACAAUCUGCCAUGUGUCAACCCUAAAGAUGAGCUGGUCUUCCUCAUGUCUCUAUCCUGCAGCAUGGGACUUGGCACAUGGUAGGCACUGACACAUAGAUGCUGAAUGAAUGAGUAAAAGGGAAAGAAAAGGUACUCCUUUGGGAAGGAGGUGCCAUCCCUGAGUCUUGAUUUGGGCCCAGCUGAUGGAGUACAGGAUGAAGAGGACCAAGAUAUGCUGGUUUUCCCACCUUCAAUAUAAAUUAUUCUUUUAAGGGAGUUUUAGAAACAACAUGCAAACUACUGAUAGAAAGCUUUACAAGAUCAAUAUUGAUUUUGAUCCAAAAUGGCCUCUUCCAUGUCUAAAAAGGCACAGAAUUCUGCAGUCUUCAGGAAGAGGGGUGGCUGCAUUACACUUUUGCUCCUUUUUAAUUGCCUAAUGUUUUUAAUCAAACUUGCUUAAACCACACUAAUGUACACAGUUAUAAUAAAUGUUAAGAGAAAUA